GAGAUUUUGAUAUCUCCGGGGGAUGGAGACUGCGGCACAACAAAAAGCUCGCUCUCUCAGCGUACCUCGGCUUUCAAAGUCUGUGCAUAACCCCGGCAAGUUCUGUCUGAACUGCUAUCAACCUUAACAUCUCACUUCCAACUGUCGCGUAUACUCAUACUGACCUGUACACGCUAGGUUGCCCUUAUCAUGGCUGAAGAUCGUGGACUUGUUGCUAUUACUGGCACAAAUGGCACGAUAGGGUAUGCCUGUACCCUACAGGCCGCACAGGCGGGUUACCGAGUACGAUGCAUUGUGCGGCGUGAUGCUGCGAUAGAAUACAUUCAGCGAGGCCCAACACUACAACAAUUCGUGGACCGGGUCGAUUUCGCUGUUGUACCCGACAACACUGCGCCCGGCGCGUACGACGAGGCGCUGCAAGGAGCAAAAUAUGUUAUUCACGUUGCAGGCGUGUGGCCAAAACCGAAUUAUCACCCGGACAAUGAGGUGUACUAUCCUUUUGUGAAGUCAAUGGAGAAUGUCAUCUCCGCUGCGAAGAACUCCGGAACCGUGCGUCGGGUAGUGUUCACACAGGCUGGCGCGGCUUUGGUGAACCCGGAUGACGGUGAUACGUUAGGGACAAGGAUGGAAAAGGUUCUAAACGAAACCGUCGAUGUUGAUGCAAAUUCAGCAUCCCUUCGCCCUCCUCUGGCCUCGGCCCAUCAUGCAUACUGUGCUGCAAAAGCUCAUUGCAUGAAGCAUCUUGAAGCAAUCAAAAGCAAGCUCCCUUUCGACAUCGUCCAAAUAAUACCCGGCACCGUCAUUGGUGGUUCCGAGCUACAUAGCUCGGCUUCUGAAGCAUACGCACAAAUGGAUCGUAUGUCACGGGCAAUCCUAUUCGACGACGUCCGGCCAAGGUAUGCCUUCGGCUUUGUAGAUGUCAACGACUGCGCCGCUGUUCACGUUGGAAGUUUAGAUGAGAAAGCCCUCCCUACAGAGGAGAUACCGAGAUGGCUGAUCGCAGCUGCAACCACGGAGAAGGGAAAAACCAUAAAUGAGGUUUGGAGGGAAGUUGGAGAGGCAGUGGAGCGUCACUUUCCCAAAGAAGUUGAGCAAGGAGUGUUUAGGCUUGGAAAACACAACAUUCCAAUCAAUAUGCCGUACAGAGUGGACUCAGGAUGGACCCAGAGUCGUCUGUUGGAGAGGAGGAGAUUCAAGAGCUUUGAAGACUGCGUAUUGCAUGUCGCUAAGUGCUACCUGGACUUGAGAGCCCGUGACGAGGAGAAGAGUUAGGCAACGGAACGCACUGCAGCUGGAGAACUUGGGCGGGCGGGCGGCCGCUGCGGCCGCUCAUGUCCGACGUCCCUUUGUCAGCCUGUAAGCAGCGGGUUCGGCGGAUGUUCCCAUGGAAAGUAAGCAGCCAAUCAAUUAGUAGGGAAUCAUCCUUCAUCUGCAGAUCCCUACC